CCACAUUUCCGGCGGGCGCUUUCUACGGCAAAAUGCGAAAAUUUUCGCGCGAAAUAAAUAAGGUGCAUGCGCAGUAAAGAUAAAUUAGGCUUUGCAAGAAUUCGCUUCACCAGUGAGUAAAAGCCUGUUCUACUCAUUGCGAAAGAAGAAAAAAGUGGGAAAAUUCAACAGAAUCGCCCCUGUGCAGCUAUCCGUAUUUCGCUGACACAAUUUCGCGCGAAGAAUUUCGCCGUCGUGGAAUCAGGCCUUAAAAUUGCCAGUUUCUGAUUGCUUUCCGCAUUUGAAAGUUAACGAAGGUCUUCUGUCUGCAUACAAGCCUGGCGUUCAACAGAGUUGAAACUGAAUUCAAAAUUAAUUCAACCGUCCAAUCAUCAUACACUCGACGUAUGUUAAUACAUUCUUCCGGAAAGUACUUAACCUUGGCGUAACUCAAGAAUCAAGAUGAAGGGUUUGUAAGUAUAGGUUAUAUGAUAUAAAGGGCGAGGCGAUAUUAGUUUAUCGCUUGAGGGAUGGUAUCAUAAAUGACACGAGCGGUUAGAGCAAGGGACAUUUAUGAUAUUCUGAAAGCGAUAAAACUGAUGUCGCCUCGUGCCGAUUAUGAUAACCUGUUUAUUAUAUACUUGUGCCUUUAUUAGGAUCAGAAUUUAUGAACUAUUUAAAACACGAGUAAAAAUACGACUACAAAAGAAUACUAAUUCGGAUGAACAAAAAUAUAAAGAAUACUAAUGAAGAUGAGUUUCAUCAAAUAUAAAGUCACUCCACGUGAUAUUGUGGCUGACACGAUUUGCCACAAGGUUUAUGAAUUAUUAAUGAGUAUUUUAAUAUACAAUGUUAAUCAUUGCCCCAUUGCAACAAUUGUUAAAAUAGCGGCACAACACGCCGUAUCAGUGAGCAAAACGGCGAAAAUUCCCUCUGCAUCGUAGGAAUCGUAAAACUGCAUAUAAUCCGCUCGAAAGUUCCAUGUACAGAAACCCUUCAACUGUAAAGAGAGCUAUGAAAACAUCGAUCAUUUUACUAUAUAAUCUUCGGAUUUUAGACGUAUGUAUAUAUAGUAUUUUAUAAAUUUAGUACUUAGGUUUAAUGUUAUUUGUAUAAUCCAUUGAGAGCCACAAAUUUAUCAGUGCAAACUGGCAUGUGUAACUCUCGCUAAAUAAAGUCUUCAUUCAUUCAUUCAUUCAAAGCGCUAUCUCUUUGCUAAAUACUUUCUGAAAGGGUUUAAUAAUGGGAGACAAAAUCUGCGCAAUGAAACCUUUAUAUAUUAAUAACCUCACUAAAACUGCCGAACCCUUUGAUUGACUGUACCCGCAUAGAAUAAAGAUAAAUGAAAUGGGUUCAAUUAAAAGAAAGUUUGAUGGCAACAUCCAGUUUUGAAACUGGACAGGGUGAACUGUUCAGAAGCUCUUUAUUCAUAAUCUAGCAAACUCUGUCUAAUUGCGAUUCACUCGAAUGCGCACUUCGAACUACGAAAUUGAUAAUUGCCCAAUUUCGCUGCUUAUACUCAAUUCCGCUGGUUACUCCCUCCACUGGUUUGCAACCGACACCAGUCGGAGUUAGAAUGUUUGGCAGCUGACAAUAGCAACAACAGAAAACAAAAUUCCUUAUACUUUUGUAUUCGAGCCAUGGGCGUACCGGGCGGGGGGCGGACGGGGCGGCAGCAGGGCCCCCCAGUUUGUUGGGCAAACAAAGGCAGUCGGGCAAUAUUAGCUUCACAGUCGGGCAAUAUUGGCUUAUUAUAAAAAUAAAUGGGACAAAUUCUGUCAAUUUUGUGGGAAAUUCUGUCAAUUUUGUGGGAAAUAUGCUAUCUAAUAGGAAUUUUUCGUAAUCAUUCCUCCCUCUUCCCCCCCCCCCCGUCGACAACAACAAUUUUGGAAAGUUUCUCCAGAAAGUUUUUUUUGACAACGCGGGCACAAUCCGAAAAAGUCGGGAAAUUUCCUUCGCCCCCCUAAUUUUUUCCUUCUCGUACGCCCAUGAUCAUGGAGCCAAAGCAUACAUUACUAAGGGACCAUUCACUAUUUAUGACCGGGGGUGGGCUGGCAAAAUUCAAUUACCAACUAAACAAAAUGCCCUGCCCCCCUGCAUCACAAAAAGUCCAAUGACCCCCUUCACUUGAAUUCUAAAACAUAGUAACAAUAUAUACAUAGACACAUUACCGGCAUCAUAUCUACAUUUACUUGUGCUUUCAACAAUAUGCAUAUCUAAUCAGAACAAACUCUGCUAAUCCUAACUUUAGACUGACGUAAAAAUUAGAAUCCAGUUUCACUGUGUUUUCUACACUACAAAGUAUAUUUUCUACUAAAGCACACAUUAUGUACUUAAUACUAAAUUAAACCAUGUAUAAAAUACCUAGUAUAUACUAGUCUAUACAGUGUACGCCAAACUCGCUGUGGACGUCAUGUUGCUACAGUGCCAUACUGUAGGAAGCUCUUUUUAUUGGGGGCUGAAAACAAGAGGAAAUUUUUAAAUUUAGAGUCUCUGAAAUGCCAUUUCCUGAACUUUGGGAAAGAUUUGACAGAAUUUUGAUGAUCAGAAAGCAGCGUUUUAGGACUUUUAGUAUGUCGAAAUUUGCAAUUUGUUUACAAGGCGUAUUUAAUUAACUAUAUAUUGGUGAGUGUGUUUUUUAUUAAAAUGUACAUCAGGCAAACAUGACAAUAUUUAUAGCAAGUUCAUGGCAAAAGUUAUAAGGUAUCUGCUCUAUUGUUUUUCAUAUUAGCUGCACGCAUUGCAUUUUGGGUAUUUGCACAUUGCAUUUUCGGUCUAUCACAAUCUCGUUCCCAGAGUAUGCCUGUUUGCGGGUUAUGUAGUGGCAUGAGUUAUGUAUUUAUGUAGUUAUGGAGUUAUGUUAUGUAGUUAUGAGUUAUGUUCGCGGGUUAUGUAAUGCUAUGUCAUGCCACUACAUAACCCGCGAACAGGUAUGCUCUGGGAACGAGAUUGGGUCUAUCAGUGUUGAUUAAAAUUGAGAAUUUUGCUAGGUACAUGAAUUAAAUUUGCUGCCUUGCUCGCUCUCGCGGUAGCAAUAAUCGUUACAUGUCAAAUUUUCCCCCACUAUAAUAAAAUAACUGGACCCCCCUUUCUGAACUAAUAUUUUUAAGUGGCCCCCGCUUUUUCGGUCAAAAAUUGGGCCAGGCUGGCCGAAUUUAAAAGCUCUUUACUGAGACUUGCUAAAGCUCUUUACUAGGGCUGGUCCAAUAUAAACCGGGCUGACUCGCAAGUGUCGAGAUCACGCCUUGUGUAUUAUCUUUAUAUGUUUUUGAGAUUUGAUUCACAUGAGAACCGGGCUGUCCCGGUUUGCGGGCUUCCGUUUGAGCAAGGCGAGAUCUCUCCUUCCCAGGCUCAUACGAACACACGCGGCCAGCCCAGCAAACCGGGCUGCAAAUUGUGUCACAACCCAUGCUUUAUUCUAUCUAGAAAACAUCUAAGAAUUCAAAACAAGUAAGAAAUCAACAACACUUCUGAAACAUUUUCCGUAAACAAAAAUCGCGCGGGAAUUUCUAUAGCGCUUGCCGAGCUAGCCCGCCUCAUGUGAAACAAAUGAGAACUUGGCCCGGCAAAGCGAGUUAGCCCGCCUCAUGCAUGUGAACAGGCCCUGAACUUUUAAAAGCACUUCCAAUUGAUAAGAGUACAGAUCGUUUGAACGAACGUCUGAAUAAAUACUGUUAAUAUAUAUAGAAUCAAACAAAGCUAAUUCAACUGUUAUUUUGUCCAACCAUAGUUAAUAGAAUAGAUGGUUUGGAAACUCAUUAGAAUAACAAUUUAACUCGUUAUCUAUCUUAUUCAGCGUGCGUAUUGUACAGGGUGUAUAAAAUACGUAUUUCCUACGAAAUUCACGUUGCAAUUCUUAAGCAUAAAAGAUUUUAGGCCCCUGGGAAUUGAAAUCGAAUUGCUAAUACAGUAGAUCAUAUCACUGUUGUUGUACUGUUAAAUAAAUGCAUAAAUUUUGCUUUAUGCACUCGCGUGUGCAGUAAUUUUGACAGUUGAGCUAUUUUAAAUUCCCAGGCCCCUAAAAUCUUUUGUCUUUAAAACAAUGUCGAUUUCUUGGGAAAUUCCGAGGUUGCGGGUUUUUUUAUACUGUACACCCUGUAUUUUUGCCCAAUUAACCAAUAGCAACGAGUCUUAAGAAAGUUACCUAUCCGUGACUCGAACAAUAGGGUAAAAUAAUUUGAAAUUGCUAUUGAGUAUUGGUGGAUUUGGCAAAAAUAUAAUACACACGGUGACGGUGAAGGAGCAGAUAUAUGAAUAAACGUUGACUAACAUAGGAGUUAUAUUGUUAUUCUAAUGCGUUUCCAAACCAUCUAUUCUAUUAACACCGCUCAUGGUAGUUCACACUAAUACAAAACAACCUCUGAUUCAAGCUCAUUAUAUUCAUCAUUCACAAUCAUCUCAAAAUGUUUAUAACCACACACAAGCGGCCGAUUUAAACUGCACAAUUUUUGCUUAACUGUCCCAUGCAACCAGCUUACACCUUGAGUUACACUAUGGAAUUUCAAGCAUACAACUCACCCACGAAAACGCGUGCGCGUAUAUGUGCAUGGAAAGUACCUAAAAAAAUACACUUUAAUUUUAAAGCCUGGUUUUACUGUAAACCAUAUAUAAAUCAUAUAAGCUAGUACUCUCUACACACGUAAAAACGCACAAGUUGUUACAAGUCUGCAAACAAGUUGUUGGAAAUCUAUUCACAGCGUGUCGACAAGUUGUGUUCGCACAGCUUGUUCCCAGUUGUUGUAACAAGUUUGUAACAAGUAGUCAACAACUUGUAACAAGCUUGAUGGCACUAUCAGACUUGUUACGUUCUGACAAGUCUGAUACAGUCGUGACAUAACAAGAAUGUUACAAGGUGGACGACACAAGGUUGUAACAAUAUUGUUGUAUCAUGAUUGUAUCGGACUUGUUGGAACAACAUUGCAACAAGUCUGAGGCCUGUUUCAAACGUCGCGCUUCUCAUGUGCCGAGCAAAUUAAAUACAAUAGACAAUCAGCUGAAAUGCGUCAUUAUCUAUUUUUCUAAUGCGUUCGGCACACGAGAAGCACGACGUUUGAAACAGGACUGAUAAUAUCAACAAGGUUGUUACAAAUUGCCAGUUAACAGCUUGUUCCUUCAUCAGCUAUCUCGUGUUAUUAUCGACACUAGUAUGGACCGUUCUUGCGUGCUGAAGAAGUUUAAUUGUCAACAAACCAGAGUCAUGAAAUUAGAAACAGCUCAUGCAUAACAGAUUGUUCAAUUGCGUUCAAAGCUAAGGUUCAAACAUUUAUUGUUUUGCUUAUUAUAGCAACAAUUGAACUCCCGAUCCGUUUGUCAAUGAUUGAUUUUACUCAUUGAAAUAACGUAUUGUUAGAAUUUGAAUGCCUUAGCACUCUGCUGAAUCCACAAGUGCAUAAAAGCAUGACAUAAGUUAGUUUUAUGCAAAAAGAACUGUUUAAAAGAAUUUAUGUGAUACUCAGCGUUAAUUAUUUUUACGUUAGACAAGACGAAGUAAAACUCGUUGUUCUGUGGUGAGUUAAACCAUUUUCUCCCGAACUCACAUGACUAAUUUGUAUAAUUGUAUAUCUUCUAAGACUAAGUUAUUCUCGUUUAGAAUUUAAUUUUCCAAAGCAGAAAAUCGUGCGCUUUACAAAGAUAUUUUAAUUUCUUAAUCAGUCACUAUUUAAUAUAUGCAUCCUGUCAAUAUUUUACGCAUCUUUGCGUUCAGCUUCGGUGCCCAAAGGGCAUUCAAAUUCUAACAGUUAAUACAUUAGUUCAAUAGUUUGUUAUUUUUGGGACACCCUGUACUGCAGAAGAUUUUGUAGAUGGAAUUUUAUACGUUUAUUAGACCUACUAUAUGACCUGCACGAGCAUUUAGGAAAAUGCAUCUACUCCUGAUGGCUUUAAUAAAUGUAAAAAAUUCACACUCGAAAUUUCUAUCAACAAAGCCAUUCAACAAUUAGUUCUAUCAAGAAUAGAUCAGUGCAAAAUCUUAUAUAUAUAUAUAUAUAUGUAUAUAUGUUAGUUGUGUAAUUGUACACUCUGUAAUAUGUUAAGAUGAAAAUGUUCUAGAGUGUGUAUUAUAUAAUUUCCAUACCCAGCGCAAGCAGAAAAAUGUUGUCUGCCGCGGCUGGGUCUCGAACUCGCGGUUUUUUUUACAUAAUUUUCACGGCUCACGACCACGCUAAUUUUGGGUGUUUUAUGUCAAUUCACUUACUAUUGCUAUACUUCAGGGAAUGAGAGCAAGGUAAGUGCUUUUAAAAUUUUGGUAGUGUAUGUGUUAGCUCGAAUACAAAAGUAUGAGUAAUUUUGUUUCCUGUACAGGGUGUCUCAAAAAAACCCAAAAUCAUUGAAAUUGACGUAUUGUUCGAUAUUCAAUGCCCUAGCACUAAGUUAAUCCCACGAGUGCAUAAAAGAUUGACAUAACUGCUAUAAUGAAUGGUAAUACUCAGCGUAAACUUGUUAUGUCAGGCAUAAAGUACUAAACCCACGAAUACAUAUUACGCAUAUUACAAUUUACGAAGCAUUUUUAAAUUCCCAUGAGCAAACAAACGUUCACUUUACAAAGAUAUUUUAAUUUUUUAAAACAAAUUAAUCACCCUUGUCAAAAUCCUUUGUGUUACGGCAUUGAAAUUCGAACAAUACGUUAUUUUCAAUGAUUUUGGUUUUUUUUGAGACACCCUGUAUACAGGGUGUAUAAAAAAAAACGCAACCUCGGAAUUUCCUAAGAAAUCCACUUUGUCUUUGCAAUUCUUAAGCAUAAAAGGUUUUAGGCCCCUGGGAAUUGAAAUCGAACUGCCAAUAGAUCAUAUAAGGCCCGUUUCAUACGCCGUACUUCACAUGUGCCGAAUACAUUAAAAACAAUAGAUAAUGAGGCAUUUCAGCUCAUUAUCUAUUGUCUUACUGUGGUUGUACAUGUACAGGGUGUAUAAAAAAAAACGUAACCUCGGAAUUUCCCAAGAAAUCGACAUUGUUUUAAAGACAAAAGAUUUUAGGCGCCUGGGUAUUUAAAAUAGCACAACUGUCAACACAACAACAGCAAUACUGUAUGAUCUAUUAGCAAUUCGAUUUCAAUUCCCAGGGGCCUAAAAUCUUUUAUGCUUAAGAAUUGCAAGGUGAUUUCUUAGGAAAUUCCGAGGUUGCGUUUUUUUUUAUACCCCAUACUGUACUUGUAAAAUAAAAACUUAUUAAGUUUAUUAAAUAAAUGCAUAAAUUUUGCUUUAUGCACUCGCGUGUGCAGUAAUUUUGACAGUUGUGCUAUUUUAAAUUCCCCAGGCACCUAAAAACGUUUGUCCUUAAAACAAUGUCGAUUUCGUGCGAAAUUCCGAGGUUGCUUUUAUACACCGGCUGUAAAGCCAUGCCGUCGCCGUUGUUGUUCGUGAAACUCACUAAUUGCAUGAUUGCGUUGGUUCUGCGCUAUUGAAUAACGCCACAAACAGAUUUGAAACAUCCUUUGUAUGUCUAUGCAGUCAAGCAUUUCGUGCAAUGAAGCGCUACAACUACUGCGUCAGGUGAGCACCGCAGCAUCAUAUAUACGUUUGCAAGCAGCGUCGGUCGUACACAAACGCUUGGUCUCUUACGAAGGUUGGAUCUAGAAACCAGAAGAAAUUGGUAAGCUAUAUACGUUAACUCUGUGUUAUUUAAAAUACGUCCUAGUAUAUAAUCUUGAACGCCACUUGAGGUUGUGCCAAUAAUAAGGAAUAUUAAUUAGUUGGCUAGCAGCUUCCCGAAGAAGGCCCUUCGCUCCAAACGUCGAAAUUCUCCUUUUCUAGCAGUUGUAUUAAUCCGCUACCUGCUAAUUUAGGGCGCUUUCCAUUUAAUGGCCUGAGCAGUCAGACCAGAUUUUGUCUCUGUAUCAAUGGAAGAUCUGGUGUAUGUUUUCUGGUCUAUGCGAAAAUGGACCUCAUUCUAAUUUUAUCUAAAUUUUCCGGUCAGAUAGGUACGAAGCCCAAACGUUUUGUGUUCCAUUCAACAAUUUGACAAUUUCAACAAUUUUUUCAACAAUUUCUCACCGGUCUGGCUAUGUUAAUGUUAAGCGCCCUAGUAUAUUCAGUAUACAUGUGUAUGAACAGCACACAAUGAAAAAUUAAGUAUUCAAUAUCAUAAUUCUUGAGUAUUCACAAUACUGUAUUAUACCAUACUGAAUUUCCUAUGAGUGUGGAUAUUGUGUAUUACUUAAUGCUUCAUUUAUUUUUCAUCAAUAUACUUGCAUGUAUGGCUGAGAUAAAGUCCUAGUCAAACGAGACUUGGCAGUCGCGUAUUGUUACGGAGGACAUUUCAAGCUCUAGACUAACAAAAUGAAGGUUUCAAGUGUUCCAACUACUCGUUAACUUCAAUAAAAUACAUGAUAAUGUUAAGAUAGUGUUGGGAAAGCAUCAAGAACAGCUAACCAAGAUCGCGUGACUGCCAACUCUCAUGCACUCUCGUUUCAUCCGGGCCUUAGAGCCCGUCCACAUUUAUUCGAAGUCAAACUGAGACCAUUUCAUUUCGGUCAUAGUAUUAUUUAUAAUAGAUGUUUACAUGACGAAAAUAACUCAGACCGGUCUCAAGUCAUUCCGCCUGCUGGACCGAGCCGACUGACUUCAGACCGGCAUGAAUUCAGACCGGCAUGAAUUCAGACUGGGAUGAAUGUCUCGGCUGUAAGCUAGCUUGACAUUGGAACAACACAUGCUAACAAAAACUAUCUAAAAAGAAAAUUGCCUGGCAAGGAGAAUAAAUUGUAAAUUUUGUGAUUUUCGUACCGGUCUCAUGUAAACAUGUUGACAAUUUCAAUUUUCAUUCCCAUUUGACUUCGUCUUGGUCUCAUAAUCAUGUAAACGGGGCCUAAAGACUCUUUUCCACUCAGCACAAGAGUGAACUCGCUAUGAGUACUUUCAUCCAAUCACAAUGCUCGACAGUUUAUUUUAAUCAGAUGCAAGCAUUCACAGCGAGCUUGAGAGUUGGAUAUUGCAAGGGGGGAAAAGAGCCUUUAGACCUCUUUGUAGUAAUUUUUAUGAAUCUUUGAAUAAACCUGAAUAACGUAUAAUACAUUAUAUCAGUAUGAAUAUUAAACCUGAAACAAGGUUCUGUUUACACUGUUUUAUUUGUGUAAAAAAGUUCCCUUUUUUACUUUCUAGUAAUUCAAAGCAAGUAAGUUUGAGUGACUCAAUCUCGCUCGAACUGCUUGUUCGUAUAAGAAAAUUUUGCAUAAUAUAAUUAAUUUAAAAAUAUUUUCUCAUUAAAAUAAGGCGCGUUGUUAAAGACAUUGUUCGUGGCCAUUCAAGUGUUGGCUGUUUGACUUCGAGAAUGAGCUUUGGCACCAAACUGUAGACCACAAGAGUGUUCUUUGUUGAAAGGGGGAAAAUUCCAACAAAUAUAUCAAGCGUACAUGCAUAAAUUAAGAAUAAUAAAAUGAAUUCGCUUACAACCGCAGUUCUGUAUUUUUAUGAGAUAGGAUAUGGACUUGUAGGCAUUUGAGUGAUCGGAGAACAUUACUGUGGUUAUUUUAAUAACAACCCCAAUAUCCUUUUCAAGUCAUGGGACUUUGGAGAGAAUACACAUACAGGGCGUGGCCCAAAAAAACGAAAACUAUUGAAAUAAAUGUAUAUAUUGUUAGAAUUUGAAUGCCUCAGCACUUUGCUGAACCCACACGUGCAUCAAAACUUGACGUAAGUAAAGUUUAUGCAUAAAGAAACCGUUUAGGAAGCUGCUUUAAAUUCCCAAGAGCAGAAAAUCGUGCGCUUUACAAAGAUAUUUUAAUUUCUUAAUAAGUCAAUAUGUAAUAUAUGCAUCCUUGACAAUAUUUUACGCAUCUUUGCGUUCAGCUUAGUGCUAGGGCAUUCAAGUUCUAACAAUACUUAUUUCAAUGGUUUUCGUUUUUUUUGGGACACCCUGUAUGUUAAUGCUUCUAUGCGGGUUUUAAAAUUUAUUCACAUUGACCGUUACAUCAGGGCCGUAGCUAAACGCGAUAAUUGGGGGGGGGGGGGAUGUAUUCACAUAUUCAUGCUCAAAUACCCUAAUAACAAUCGGGCAGAACACGAAUAUAUGGGCAGAACACGAAUAUAUGGGUGUAGGGCAGAACACGAAUAUAUGAAUAUGCUUGGCAUCGUUUCAAAAUUCUGGUACCGGAGUGGAAUGCCGAGAAAGUAAAGAACAAGAUAUUUGUACCACGCAAUUACUAACUAUUUACAAUUUUUUUUUAAAUUUCUGUAUUACACGAAUACGUGGCACGGGUAAUAAGAAAUAGCAAAACUAAACGAGUCUAGUUACCCAUGGCCAGAAAUAUUAAUUUAUUUUCUGAGAAUAUUAAAAUAUAUAUUAGACAAACACGGUUAUUUAAUGUUUGGACUAUUCAAAAAAAUAUCAGUUCUGGUCAGGGUCGUGCAUGCCGAUCGAUGUGUCUUUGGGAAGAUGAACUGAAACGUUUUGCCCCCUCCCCCCACAAAAAAAUGUGGGCGAGCGGGGAGGUUAACUUUUCCCGAAAAUAAAAGCCCCCAAAAAGUUUCCUGAACGUUAUUGCAUAAAAGGGAGUUAAAAACUAAUACGUUUCACAGAAUUUUUCGACCUGAAUUUUUUACAAUACCCAAAUAUUUAACCCGUUUCACAAGUACAGCAUUAGCGGGUCCCCUAUGGAGAAAUUGGGCCCCCUUGAUGGAGGUAGUCUAUCUAAAGAUUCUAUAUUAUUAUUAAUAUACAAUUUCUCUAUAAUAAUUCAUAAGGUCUCUGGCCGCCAUUUGGGGAAAUUAAAUCAGACGCAUGCGCAGAUCAAGGAUGUCGGUGGUUUCUGGCUAUGUGGUUUUACAUAUUCUAUUUACAUUCAUUAAUACUUUCUCAGGUCAGGUGCCAUCCCCGCCCAACACACGAACGCAACUAAAAAGAGAUCUGGUUUCCGUAAGAUCUUAAUCUAAUCUAAUGACCUAACAUCAACAUCCAAGUUAUCGCGAUGCUUUUGGCAGCCGCUUGUUAUUCCAAAUUUUCAUUCGACUGGUACACAUGCGUUCAUUAUCCAUGCCUUAGGGCCUUGAAAUCUAUAUGACUGAAUUUUUCCAUAAUUUGUUUUAAUUUUAUCGAUAUAUUCAGUAUUUCUCGAAGCUAAUCUUGUAAAAUAUGAUUAGAUCUGAUUCUUGAAUAAAUAUAGUUAUUAAUCAUAUCAAACAGGAUAUAUUUCUUACUUAAUAUAGACUGGCAAAAUGUGGAAAGUUUACCUGGUGCCAUUAAUGUCAGUGGCAAUCGUCCUUGCUGAAGCGAAUACAGGUACGCGUUAUUGAAGAAAUCUUCGGGGGCUUAAUUGCAAUGUAUACAGUUUUAUUACAGCAAAAUAUCAGUGGAGAAGAUUACAGAGAAAUAGCAGUGGUCAUGCAAUGCUAAUAAACCUGCAUCUGUAUAAAUAUGUUAAAGACAAUACAUUUCUAAAAGUUUGCAUGAAUACUGCAAACCAUUAAAAUUUGCAUAGCAUAACUGUUGCUCUGUUGCUAUGGCUAGCUUUGCCACUACAAAGUAUGAUACACUAUUACAACUCAGACAGACAGAUAUUUACCAUUGUUGUAACACUGCUUCGUACCCAAGCGUCCCAAGAUCAUCAGAAUUCCUUGCAUCAAGUUCACCCAGUCUAAUCUUUGUGGGUUUUUUUGGGGGGGAAGGGACUUUGCGGUUUAGUCUCAUCAUCUGUAGCCCACAUGGGUCCGCUGACUAUGGUGGAAGCUAGUGUAUUCCUGGACACAGAGACAUACAGUAGGCAUGAGGAAAUUGGAGGGUCCGGACCUCUCCGCCCAUUGUUCGUUGAUUGUUAAUUGUUUCAAAACAGUGAAGAAACCUUUUCAUGAUUUCAUCUGAUGACAUAAAAUAUACCAAAUCUUUGCAUGGCUUUCAUAUUGUCGGGGUAUGAUCAUAGGUCUGAUGGACCAUGCCCCCAGUCAGUUGGACCAUAAGACGCCCCCUACACGCGUUUGGGGCUGACUAUCCCCUGCCGGUCUACAAAUCCAUCCUUGUUUUGUUUUGCUUAGACUCUCUCUUUUCCAGGUUGUACCACCACAGAGAAAGGUGACUGUUGUGCAUUUCCAUUUAAGUACAACAGCAAUAGUUACAGCUCGUGUACAUUCACUGACUCAUCGAAUGGGAAACCUUGGUGUUCACUAACUUCAGAUUAUGAUAAAGACAAGAAAUAUGGUUAUUGCGCGUUGAAAAGUAAGUCUAUGUCAAAAUUGUUAACGAUGUCGUUGUCGUCGUUGAAGUCGUUGGCGUUGCCGUUAUUGUUGUUGCGGUUGUUGCUGCUCUGGCUAAAUUAACCGGGAUUCUUGGUUAAAUUAACCAGGCUAAAUGGUUGAAUUAAACUGAUUAUGUUGGUCGACUACCAUAACAUAAUGUGGUUCAACCAUAUUUUACCAAGAAUCCUGGUUAAAUUAGUCACGACUAUGAUCAAAUUAACGAGGAUUGUGGUUAAAUGAACUAGGACAGUUAACCUGGAACAUAAAGUUACCCACAGCAGGGUUAAUUAUAGAUUAACCAGGGAAUUUUAACCAGGGUGCUUUUAGAGUGUAUCUCGCGCAAUAUUGUCCAUCUUCUUAUUUCUAGCUUGUGAAGUUCAAACUACAGACGGAGAUUGUUGUGUGUUUCCUUUCACCUACGCCAGCGUUACCUACUAUGCAUGUACACAGAAGGCGGAUUCAGUAGCAUGGUGUGGUACAAAAUCGGAUGUCGAAUUUUGGAGCCGCCAACCACGAGGGGAUUGUGAACCCUACGGUAAAUUAUUGUAGUUUUCCUUUAAGUCUAGUUUCCAUAUGGUCCUAAUGGACGUAAAGAUUGAAUAACGAUUUUUCUCAACCGUUGAAAUACAACAGUUUAGAACUGAAAGUAGGCAAAAUGAUAAUAAAUAGAGCGUAUAUUUGCAAUUUAUAUGUGGUUUGCAGAUAAAAAUAUUAUAAACCUUUACGAUUACGACCGUUACGACCAUAUGGAAACUUGGAUUUAUUGAAGCCGUUUAACAAUGCCUUGGUUUUAGACAGGAGCUCUUGACGUACGGGUUCGUCAGUAGUGUGAAUAGGGAUAUGGAGGAGGGUGUAUGAAGGACAUGCUUGAACAAGGAAUUGGAAAAGGGUGAACCUUCAGAAGUGUGUUAGAAGAGCAGUUGCUCUCUUUUAUUUCUUCUGACUGCGUACUCCAAUUUCCAAACUGACACUUCCAUUUAUGACGGUCAGGCACUUGUUAAUACGCAACAUGAAGCUUUAAUUCUUGCUUGAUUAUUGUUAUAUGGUAUGGACAUGAUUAUCAUGAAACGGGCAUGAAAUAGAGCUUCCUAUACACUAAAAGUAGAAACAUUUUCUGGGGGACAAUGCCCCAGACGACCGAAGCCCAUAGUUGUUCUGUGUAUUUGAGCCCCUUCCUCUUAUUUGGGGCUGGCCACGCCCCUAAUUUAAAUGUAUUAUGCCCUAGACAACCACUUGAAACAGAAAUGAGACUGAGAACUUCAAACAGUUCAGUUAUGUGAACGAAUUAUUUUGCCUAACAUUUCGUCGCUUCUUGCAGCAUCUUCAGAGCAUUAUGGAAGACCAUAUAAGUUAAUACCUGUUGUCACAUGGGACAUGGUUAUUAGUGAGAACAUAGUUAGAUGCAACUUUAGUUUUACAAGGCAUUUAGUAUUGUUUUCUAAAUUAGUUUUUUCCUCUUCUCUUUUCAGUUAACCCAUGUUUCUACAACCCUUGUGAAAACAAUGGCACAUGUCAAAGUAAUAAAAAUCAAUUUACCUGCAAAUGUACAGAAGAUUGGAAAGGAAAAACGUGUUCGCAAAGAGGUUAGGGCUUGGUUAGAGAGCAAUAGGUGAAGGUUCGGUUAGGGAUGGCCUGGCGAUUGAGAGGGGGGCUUGGAGGGCGGUAUCCCCCUUCCACUCCCUCAAAUUAUUCUAAGUGCACGUUAGGGUAGGAUUACAUUUAGGGUUAGUGUAGGUUCCAAUCGAAAGAGUUUUGCAGGAAGACGCAGCGAAACCAAUAUCAAUACAUCCCCAAUCCAAUUAUGACGACACGUGUUUACCCACAUGUGUUUAUGUGGUUUCUACGAACAUAAAGUUUACAUUGACAAGUACCUAAUCAAAAGAAAUUACACAUGCAAACACUACUACAAAAAAAAUAAAGACAAUACAAAUGUACCUGACUGUUUUCCUUCGUAAGCUCAUGAUAUAACUAAUUCAAAUCUCACAAUAUAAAAGACAAGUAUAGCCAUGCUAUAAAAGUCAAGAAAACUAACAUAUUCAAACCGCUUCUAUCCCGUACACGGGUAUAGUCCAAUCCUAUAAGGCGGGUUAAGAUCCUAUAAUGAGGUUUCGCUUAAUGGUUGGGAGUAAUAUCAAAUGUAGGGUUAUUAUUAAGGGUUGAAAAAUUAGGGUUAGGUUUGGAACAAAGAUUCCCAGGACAAAGACUGGAAUAAGGAAAUGAAAAUUUCGUUAAAUGCAAAUGCAAACUAAUGGCGAACAUCCAUUCUCAUAGUAAGAAAUAAUUAAAAAUGAAAUUAAGACAUAAAAUUGGAAACCAGGAAUUGAUUUUGCAAUUAAUAUUUUUCCUUAAUUACUCGAAGGGGUCAAGCAGUUGAAAACUUUGUACAAGAAACCUAGUGUUAUGGACCAAUUGCUUUUAUACAUAACCUCGUAGUAAUAUUACUGUGAUAAUAACCAUUUGCAUAACGUCAAAAAACACGUCUGAAAUACGUGAUUAUCAUGAUGCCAUGGAAACGAUGAGUUUUUUAAACAAUAAAGAGAUAAUAGAAUAUUUCUAUCACUGGAUAGCAAGUGUUAAGCCCAGGUCACACUGCACAACGAUAACGAUACGAUAACUUAUAUACGCGCGCUGAUUGGUCAAAUAUUUAUCGUUAUCGUUCGACUGAAAAAAAAAUCGCUCGGGUGAGCGAUUUUAAAAUCGUUAUCGUUAUCGUCAAACGAUAAUUUUAUUAUUUUCGUUGUAGUAUGGACACUAACACAAUUUUUUUGCCAAUUAUCGCGUGUUUACAAUUUAUCGUAUCGUUAUCGUUGUGUAGUGUGACCGGGCCUUUAGGCAAUAACCAAUUAUUUUUUUUUUCUUUUAUCUAGUGAAUCCUUGCAAAAUUUCUCCAUGCCAAAAUGGCGGAAAAUGCUUCAGUGAGCUGGAGACAAGUGAUGUCUACUGCAAGUGUCCUCAGGGAUAUGAAGGAACCGUUUGUGAAAAGAGAGGUAAUUAAACAUUCGGAAAAAGAUGUUAGACAAAACUAUAAAGCCUUGUCUUUAGGAACAAUUUUGUAAUUCUUUCAAAACUAAGGAAAAACAAGGGGGAGGCGUACUUAUUUUUAUGUAUGACAAAAAUAUACCAAUCUAUGGCUUUCAAAUAAUCAUAAAACGUGCAUGAAAUGCAUGAAAUAGUAUUUUUCAGACCUUACACAUAAGAAAAUCUUCCGGGGGAGCAUGCCCCAGGCAGGCCGCCGGUUAGACCUCCUCCCAUUCUUUUGGGCCUGGCAACGGCCUUAUUUGCGAAUCUACGCUCCAGUUUGCGAAUCUACAGAUGAGUUAUAUAUUUAAAUUGUUUGAAUAAAUAGUGGUAGUUAAUAUGUAGUGCUGGAUGGCAGUGAAAUGCUAACUUUAAAAGCUUUUUGUAUUCUUAAUGAAAAAGAAGCACAAUACUCCAAUGCAAACAAAGGUGAAAUUUGAAAUGAAGAAACAUUGUUACAGCCGUACAGGUUUCGUCCAUUGAAAGAAAGGAAACAAAAUCUAUUGGAAACGGGAAACUAUUAUCUAUAUUUCACGCAACAAUGCAAAUUGAUGCCAAAUGAAGUUUCGGAUUUAGAGAAAAAAAAUAGUUUGAAAUUUAUAAGUCUAAUUUCUUUUAGUUUAUCCAUGUGAUAGCUCUCCUUGUGAUAAUAACGGAACUUGUGAGAAUAUUGAAAACAGUUUCAAGUGUACUUGUACGGAACAGUAUCAGGGCGAUCAUUGUGAGACAGCAGGUUUGUUGCAGAUUUAUAUUAAUUAAUUAAUGAGAUUCUUUAUUUAUCCUCAGUUGUUGUUUUUUUGUUGUGUGAUGUUUUUGUUCCCAUUUAUUUAUGUUCUUGUCUUCAUCUUUCUCGGUGUUAUUGUUCUUAUCCUUUGUCGUCGUCGGCACAUGUUGGAAAGAUCUUAUUGCUGCUGCUGUUGUUGUUGUUAUUGUUGGUGUGGCUGUUGUUGUUGUUUAUGUUCUUGUUAAGGGCAUCUUUUGUUGCAGGUGUUUCGUGUGCGAAAAGUCCAUGAACUUAUCGCGCUGUUGUUGUUCCUUUCCGUUAAUUGUUCUCUCUGGUAUUGUUGUUGUUGAUCGUAUUGCUAUUGAUGACGCUGGUGCCGUCAAUAAAUUGAAUUUGGCCUUAAAAAUUUGUGAUUUAUUAAUAUACAUGAAUUAAGCAAAAUAACCAAAAAAUAAUGUUGUUUCAGUCGAUCCAUGCAAUACUAAUCCAUGUUUAAAUGGCGGAAAAUGUCUGAGUGACUUGUCCAAAUUUACCACCUCAUGCAGUUGUCCAGAAGGAUAUGAAGGAGACACAUGUCAAAACAGAGGUAAAGACUUGCGAAGAUAAAUUUGCUUUCUUUCAUUUUUUUUUUGUUACGAUAUAAAACAGUUAUUUAAUUGCUGAUUUUCCCAUUUUUUUUACUUUCAAUUACAUUUUAUGAAAUAAUUGGCAUUAUUAUACAUUUAAUAUGUAUUCUCGUUUCUAAUUGGUCAGAAAGCACCGGCUAAUUUUCAGUAUUCGGCAUUUAUUACGUAUUUUCCGCCGAUGACGUCAUCAGCGUCCAAUAAUUGUUUUUUUGGAUCGAACUUGCAUCCAAAAAAAAAAUUAUUGGACUCUCUCGUGCCCAAACCCUUGCGCGGCCAAAAGCUUGAACCUAUAAGCGCGCGAAAAAAACCAAACAAUGGCCGACAGGAGAUUUGCUUCGCUGAAUGAAAGUGAACUCUCCAAAUUAUUGGCAGAUAAGGAUACUGAAAGCACGAAAAAAGCCACAAAGGGGUAAAUAGAAGUAGAAAUAUAAUAUUUAGCUGACCUUUGACUUUGUGCAAGAUGUUUGAUAUUCACAUUGUACUUUUCCUACCUCAUGAACAGGAAUCGUUUUAUACGUUUCUCAUGUCUUUAAAUGUAUAAUAAAACAAUUAUUGGAUUCUGCUUUCGCAUGAUAUCAAGAAUUAUUCAGACCUCGGUCUAUGUUAUCCGCCUCAGCUUCGCUUCGGCAGAUAACAUUGACCUCGGUCUGAAUAAUUCUUGAUAUCAUGCUCAGCCUCAUCCAAUAAUUGCUUAUUAAUUUCUUGUAGUUUAUCCAUGUGAUAGUUCUCCCUGUGAUAAUAAUGGAACUUGUGAGAAUAUUGAAAACAAGUUUAAAUGUACUUGUACAGAUCAAUAUGAAGGAGAUAGUUGCGAAACAAGAGGUUUGUUCUUUAAUUAAAUUAAAAUAAUUCUCCAGUUAAUAGAAUCAUCUUUGUUGCAGUUUUUCAGGAAAUAAUAUUCCAUCAAAUUUUCGUGGAUUGUUAUUUACUAGUUUUUAAGUCGCUUUCUGUUUGUAAAUUGUUCACUUUGGAUCAGGGGCGGAUCUAGGGUAAGUCCAAUCAGUCGCGUGACUGACGUAUUUUUUGCAAAGAAAUAAUUAAUUUAUUAUUUCGAAAUUUGAAUAAUUAAUUCCCGAAUAUAAUAUGAAAUUCAUAUCAUAGUCCAGUACUCCAGUACUCCAGUAUACGUCUUUACGAGCUCAGUUUUGAAUAAAUAUAUGCUUUAUCUAGAGCAGCGGUAAAACGCAAGAAUCUCGCAGAAUCGGGUGGUCGUUAUGCUCAUUUGAUUGGUCGAGAGGUCAUUUGGACUUAUCUCGACUGAUCUGUGGGGUGGCCGGACUGAUUUGCACUUUAAGGGAGUCUUUUUCUGUCCAUUUCGUUCCUUUGAUUGGUCAAUUUGAAAAUAUUGUGGGGUGGUCGGACUGAUUUGCAACUUAAGGGAGUUUUUAUGGGGUGGUCCGACUGAUUUGCACUUUAAGGGAGUUUUUAUCAGUCCAUUUCUUUCAUUUUGAUUGGUCAAUUUGAAAUUAUUGACAAUUCUUAGAUUCGGACUUAUUCGCGGCAGGGGAUAUCAGUCCUUGAAAAUUGCGAAAUUCAUGCAAAGCAGUCUUUCAUAUUCCCGUAUAUGAAGGUUUUUUAUAGUUGGGAGAAUUAUUUUACGAUGUCGAGUAUUUAUAUGUGCGCGGCCGAUUUUACGAGACGAUUUAACGGCCUUUAAUAAACUUGAAUUGUCUCUGAAUGAGGAUUAUUGUGGGGCAGCUAAGAUAUCAAGCGAGCAGCUUUUAUAAUGUUGUUCUGUUCAACAACGAGAAGGCACUAAGUUGGGACUUCUCUGCUACGUGCUUCACAAAGAUCAUGGUCGUAAUUUGGGUGGUAAAGUCAAAGGAAAGUGUACACUGCUAUAAUUUAUAGCGCCUAUAAUGUAUGAAAAUAUCCAAAAUUAUGAAACAGAAAUCAAAUGACUAUAUUGCAAUGUAUCUUGUAUGAUAAAUGCGAAGUUGAAAUAUAACACGCUUUAAUACAUUUUUACACGCAAUCGACUUGCAACUUAUAAUGUGUUUUCGGGCCUAUUAGCUUUCCUGCUGUAUUUAUAAUUUAUAAAUGCAUUGCCCAUUAUAAAAAGGGCCAGAAUAGAGCAUUGCCAUUGGAGUGUUUAAACAAUAUAAUUUGGAUGAUUUGCAUUGCAUGAAAGAUUUGCGAUGAAUAUCGUUAUAAUAUACAAGUGAUAUUUAUAGCAUAUUGUAAUUCAUUGAAUAAAAAAUGCAUUUUACAAAGUAUAAUUGAAAUAUUACUCUUUAUUUUGCUUGAGAAUUUUGAUUCACAAACAGCGAGUUAUAUUGGAUCGGUCAUUGGUAUCAUAUCACUUCAAUUUGCGAAGGAUUUCAUGAGCCAAACUCAAACGCUAUAUAUUGAAAGUUGAAACUACAUGAUGUGUUUUGUAAUAUGACCCUCCGUUAGUAAGUCUAAUUCCGAGGACUGGGAGAAGGCACGUUUGUGAGAUCAUAAAAAAGCAUGUGCUUGAUGUACUUUAUAAUCUUUGGAAUUCUGUAAAAUCUCACCGCCAAAACGCUUGAAAUCGCAUUUCAGAGACUCUAGAUUUCAAAUUUUUCCGGGGGGGGCAUGCCCCCAGGCCCCCCUAGCAUGUCUCACGCCUUCGGCGUUCGACUUAUGUUUGAAAAAUCCUAGAUCCGCACCUGCUUUGGAUUGUCAUUCUUGGUAUUGACGAGGAUGAUGCUAGUAUACUUGACAAAUGAAAUUUUGGGGCUGAUAAUUUCUUGUAUAAUCAUUUCAUGUAAUUUACAAUAAGCAAAAUAAUCGAACUAUGUAUUAAAUUAACUUCUUCCAGUUGAUCCAUGUAAAAAUAAUCCAUGUUUGAAUGGAGGCAAAUGUUCGAGUGACUUGUCAAAAUUUACUACCUCAUGCAGUUGUCCAGAAGGAUAUGAAGGAGACACCUGUCAAAACAGAGGUAAAGACUUGCGGAAAUAUAUUUGCUUUCUUUCAAAUUUAUUGUUGUUUUGUGCCAUAUAAUACAGUUAUUUAAUUCUUCAUAUUCCGACUUUAACUUUCAAUUACAUUUCAUGAAAUAAUUGGCAUUAAUUUCUUGUAGUUUAUCCAUGUGAUAGUUCUCCUUGUGAAAAUAACGGAACUUGUGAGAAUAUUGGAAACAGGUUUAAAUGCUCUUGUACAAAACAAUAUGAAGGAGAUAGUUGUGAAACAAGAGGUUGGUUUUUUAAUAAAGAUAAUUCUUUAGUGAAAUUGCAUCUUUGUUGUAGUUGAGUCAGGAAAGAAUAGUCGAUAAAAAUAUUCCGAGAAAAAUAGUUGUUUUCAAUUUGUUGUUCUUUUUGGAUUGUUAUUGUAAUUUUUGAUAAUGAUGACGCUGGCCAGCGUCUUUAAAAUAAUUUUGUUCCUCAACAUUUGCAAACCUUUAACUCAUAUUGUAAACUUGUCAAUUGAAUCUGGUAUAGUUCCCGACCAGAUGAAAAUCGCUACAGUUGUACUCAUUUAUAAAUCUGGACCAAACAAUCUAUUCUCCAAUUAUCGACCUAUAUCGAUUUUGCCAAUAUUUUCCAAAUUACUAGAAAGGGCUGUGUGUAGCCGCAUUAUGGAUUUCAUAAACAAAAAUGAGGUUCUGUUCAAUAACCAGUAUGGCUUUAGAAAAAACCAUUCGACAGCUUUAGUACUUCUGCACCUGGUUGACAGUAUAACCUCUUCUAUUGAUCAGAAGAAAUUCACUUUUGGUAUUUUCAUCGACCUUUCAAAGGCAUCCGACAUUGUAAAUCACAAGAUACUGCUCGAAAAAUUGCAGCAUUAUGGUAUCCGUGGUUUAGCACUCGAUUGAAUAAGAAAUUAUCUUAGUGAUAGAUACCAAUUUGUUGAAUACAAUGGUAUUCAAUUAUCUUCUAAUGAAAUUAAAUGCGGUGUUCCCCAAGGAUCAAUUCUUGGUCCACUUUUCUUCUUGUUGUAUAUAAAUGAUAUUUGCAUUGUCUCCAGUAUUCUUAAUUUUAUCCUAUUUGCUGACGAUACUAAUCUAUUUCUUUCUCACAACGAUCUUUCGUUUAUGAUGAAUACAAUAAAUAGUGAAUUGCUCAAGCUGUCCGAGUGGUUUAAAACCAAUAAACGUUCAAUUAAUAUUCCAAAAUCUAGUUAUAUGAUUUUCAAAAACUAGGCAGAAGAGAUAUAUACCUGAGUUUAGUAGGAAUAUGAUGCUCAUACUUCUCCUGUAUUUAAAGAGAGUGUGAUUCUCAAACUGAAUAAUAUUUAUCUAUUCUGCUUGAGACAAUUUAUGUAUCUUGCUUCUAGAAAUGCUCCUCCUCCCAGCUAUGAGAAUUUGUGUUUGAUAAAUAGCGAGGUACAUAGCUACAAUACCAGAAGUUCGAACCUAAUUAGUAUACCAUUUUGUAGAACAAAAUUACGACAAUUUUCUGUCUACUAUCAAGGUCCGGCAUUUUUUAACUCCUUGGACCAGAAUUUACGGAACGCCAUGUCUAUCUAUUCCUUCUAUUCGAAUCUUAAAAAGCAUUUAAUUUUCGAUAAUUUGUCCGAUGACUGUAACUAAAUAGUAUCUAAUUUACAUCUGGGUGUGUGGAUCUAAGUAUCUUCGUUUUGAUAUUAUGUGUGUGUCCUUGUAUUAUAUUCUUUUCCUCAUUAUAUGUCUGCUCACUAUUCUACCUCAUAUAUAUUUCGAUAACUUAUUCUUUAAUAUUUGACAUGAGGUAGUCUAGCAAUUAAUAAGCCUUAGCUUCUAGUUGGACUACCUCGUCACAAUUUUUCAUUUCUUAUCACUUUUGUAAAUUGUUGCAUCAACCAAUUGUGGCAAAUUAAUAAAUUCAAUUCAAUUCAUUUGUGGUAAAAUUAUUUGUAAUAUGCAGUAACCAAAAUAAUGAAUUAUAUUUUGUUUUAGUUAAUCCAUGUAAAAAUAAUCCAUGUUUGAAUGGAGGUGAAUGUUUGAGUGACUUGUCAAAAUUUACUACCUCAUGCAGUUGUCCAGAAGGAUAUGAAGGAGACACCUGUCAAAACAGAGGUAAAAAUUUGCGGAGAUAUACUUGCUUUCUUUUAUUUUUGUUAUUUUCUGUUACGAUACAAUACAAUUAUUUAAUUAUUCGUAUAUAUUGCCGAACAUUUACUUUUAAGUAGAUUUUUGUAUACCAACUUUCCUUGUAUUCUUUUAAAACUUUAUUAAAUCAUCACUACAAGGACUUGGAGGGAAAUACAUCGACAAGUUAAUUAACAUAAUUCCCUUUUGUGUAUAUAAUAGUUGUAAAUAGAUAGUAAGUGUUUUGUAUUUCUAACCAAUGUAUAUAUGUAUUCAUAAACGGCCCCUUGAAAAUCAGUUUUUCUUUACCGCUGAAGGGCUACCGUUUUCAAAUACUGUAAUUAUAAAUAAUAAUAAUAAAAUUGCUAGUAUUGUUUCUUUGUAGUUUAUCCCUGUGAUAGUUCUCCCUGCGAAAAUAACGGAACUUGUGAGAAUAUUGAAAACAAGUUUAAAUGUACUUGUACAGAACAAUUUGAAGGAGAUAGUUGCGAAACAAGAGGUUUGUUCUUUAAUUAAGAUAAUUCUUUAGUUAAAAGUUUAAAAGUCUUAAAAGCAUGUUGGUUGUAGUUAAGCGAGGAGAGAAUUGUCCAUCAAAUUUUCAUAGUUAUUUUUAAGUCGUUUUUGGUUUCUCUUCUCUUUGCAUUGUCACUGUUGAUAGUAUCGAUGUCUGUUAUUUGAUGAUGAUGUUGGUGUAGUUGACAAAUAAAGUUUGGGCGGGAUAAUUUGUUGUAAAUUAUUUGUAACAUGCAUGCAGUAAACAAAAAUAACCAAACUGUAUAUUUGUUCCAGUCAAUCCAUGCAAAAAUAAUCCAUGUUUGAAUGGAGGUGAAUGUCUGAGUGACUUGUCAAAAUUUACUACCUCAUGCAGUUGUCCAGAAGGAUAUGAAGGAGACACCUGUCAAAACAGAGGUAACGACUUGUGGAAAUAUAUUUGCUUUCUUUCACAUGGCCAGAAAUGAAGGACAACAUGGCUGAAAAGCAUGCACCAAAUAAAUUCAAAGCGUGGGUAAGCUAUAUUUUGCGUUAUUGCGCGCGUGUUAUGAUAACGAGUGAAGUAUUUAGAAGUGAACGGGUAUAUUCUGCAAUAACUCCCCUUAUAGAAUCGAACCGCCAUUUUGAAUUUUUGAGAUUUUGAGCCCACAGGUCAACCCGCUGGCUGACCUCGAUUUCUGGCCAUGAAUUUAUUGUUGUUUUGUGCCAUAUAAUACAGUUAUUUAAUUGUUCAUAUUCCGACUUUAACUUUCAAUUACAUUUCAUGAAAUAAUUGGCAUUAAUUUCUUGUAGUUUAUCCAUGUGAUAGUUCUCCUUGUGAAAAUAACGGAACUUGUGAGAAUAUUGGAAACAGGUUUAAGUGCUCUUGUACAGACCAAUAUAAAGGAGAUAGUUGCGAAACAAGAGGUUUGUUAUAAGAUAAUUCUUGGGUCCGUUCUUGUUUUGUUGUUGUUGUGUUGAUGUUUUAUUUCAGUUCUUUUUCCAUUACUAUUUCAUUGUUAUUCACACUGUCGUUGUUGGUGUUUUUCUUGUUUUUGUCGUUGGCUUCACGUUUUGUUGUCGCUGUCACUGAUAUAAAGUAACAAACUAUAUAAAGAUUAUUUUGUUCAAAAAUAAUUGACCUGUCUCUUGGUUGCAGUUAAUUCAAAAUAUAAUAGUCAAUGAAAUUUUCGUGGUUGUUUUUAUUCAUCGUGCGUGGUAUUUAUGAUGUUUGUGUUGUCGACAAAUUCAAUUUUGGGCCUGAAAAUCAUUUGUUACGCGCAUAACUAUUUGUAAUUGCAGUAAGCAAAAUAAUCGAACUAUACUUUCUUCCAGUUGAUCCAUGUGCAAAUAGUCCAUGUUUGAAUGGAGGUGAAUGUUUGAGUGACAUGUCCAAAUUUACUACCUCAUGCAGUUGUCCAGAAGGAUAUGAAGGAGACACUUGUCAAAACAGAGGUAAAGACUAGGGGAAAUAUGUUUGCUUCUUUUAUUGUUUGUUUCUUUGUUACGAUAUAAUACAAUUAUGAAAAAGUUGUUAUUGUUUCUUUGUAGUUUAUCCAUGCGAUAGUUCGCCUUGUGAAAGUAACGGAACAUGUGAGAAUAUUGAAAACAAGUUUAAGUGUACUUGCACAGAACAAUAUGAAGGAGAUAGUUGUGAAACAAGAGGUUUGUUCUUUAAUUAAGACAACACUUUAGUUAAGCAGCAUAUUUGUAACCAAAAUAACCAAACUGUAUAUUUGUUCUAGUCAAUCCAUGCAAAAGUAAUCCAUGUUUGAAUGGAGGUGAAUGUUUGAGUGACUUGUCAAAAUUUACUACCUCAUGCAGUUGUCCAGAAGGAUAUGAAGGAGACACCUGUCAAAACAGAGGUAAAGACUUGCGGAAGUAAAUUUGCUUCUUUCAUUUUUUGUUUCUUUUUGUUACGAUAUAAUGCAGUUAUUUAAUAAUUAUUCGUAUAUAUUGCCGAAGGUUUGCUUUUAAUUAGAUUUUAUGAAAAAAAUGCUAUUGUGCUUUGUAGUUUAUCCAUGUGAUAGUUCGCCUUGUGAAAAUAACGGAACUUGUGAGAAUAUUGAAAACAGGUUUAAGUGUACUUGUACAGAACAAUAUGAAGGAGAUAGUUGCGAAACAAGAGGUUUGUUCUUUAAUUAAAAUAAUUCUUUAGUUAAAAAGCAUUUUAGUUGAUUGAGGAAGGAGUUGUGCAUCGAAUUGUCGUAGUUGUUGUUAAGUGGCUUUCCUUUUGUUAUUCUCUUUGGAUUGUCAUUGUUAAUGGUAUUGAUGAGGCUGGUGUAGUUGACAAAUCAAAUUUUGACUCUGAUAAUGUGUUCUAUAACAAUCUGCAAUAUACUAUGCAGUAACAAAAAUAACCAAUUUGUAUAUUUUGUUUUAGUUGAUCCAUGUAAAGAUAGUCCAUGUUUGAAUGGCGGUGAAUGCUUGAGUGACUUGUCAGAAUUUACUACCUCAUGCAGUUGUCCAGAAGGAUAUGAAGGAGACACCUGUCAAAACAGAGGUAAAGACUUGCGGAAGUAAAUUUGCUUCUUUCAUUUUUUGUUUCUUUUUUUACGAUAUAAUGCAGUUAUUUAAUAAUUAUUCGUAUAUAUUGCCGAAGGUUUGCUUUUAAUUAGAUUUUAUGAAAAAAUUGCUAUUGUGCUUUGUAGUUUAUCCAUGUGAUAGUUCGCCUUGUGAAAAUAACGGAACUUGUGAGAAUAUUGAAAACAGGUUUAAGUGUACUUGUACAGAACAAUAUGAAGGAGAUAGUUGCGAAACAAGAGGUUUGUUCUUUAAUUAAAAUAAUUCUUUAGUUAAAAAGCAUUUUAGUUCAUUGAGGAAGGAGUUGUGCAUCGAAUUGUCGUAGUUGUUGUUAAGUGGCUUUCCUUUUGUUAUUCUCUUUGGAUUGUCAUUGUUAAUGGUAUUGAUGAGGCUGGUGUAGUUGACAAAUCAAAUUUUGACCCUGAUAAUGUGUUCUAUAACAAUCUGCAAUAUACUAUGCAGUAACAAAAAUAACCAAUUUGUAUAUUUUGUUUUAGUUGAUCCAUGUAAAGAUAGUCCAUGUUUGAAUGGCGGUGAAUGUUUGAGUGACUUGUCAGAAUUUACUACCUCAUGCAGUUGUCCAGAAGGAUAUGAAGGAGACAUCUGUCAAAACAGAGGUAAAACUUCCUGAAAUAAAUUUGCUUUGUUUUAUUUUUUUUUUUUUGUUACGAUAUAAUACAGUUAUUUAAUUGCUGAUUUUCCCAAUUUUUUUUUACUUUCAAUUACAUUUCAUGAAAUAAUUGGCAUUAAUUUCUUUUAGUUUAUCCAUGUGAUAGUUCUCCUUGUGAUAAUAACGGAACAUGUGAGAAUAUUGAAAACAAGUUUAAAUGUACUUGUACAAAACAAUAUGAAGGAGAUAGUUGUGAAACAAGAGGUUUGUUUUUAAUUAAGAUAUUUUUAUCUCUGGUCGCUACGACACCGAGCUCAUAAAUUCGGCCCCUAUUUCUUUAAUUUUUUUCCCAUUUUGUGUCGAGCCGCGCGCGUAUUCAAAGAGCCUGCGGAGGAGACGACAACUUCCGGAAAAUAAGUGUACUUCCGGGAAAUUUCAAGCAUCGGCCAAAGCGAAACGGAACCCGAAGCUGUCCUUGCACAAAAUCCGUCAAAAUUGUUGAUUUAAAACCAGAAGAUGUGAUAAUUUUGACAUACAUGUUUACCUGGAUAACUAUUCUCGAGUAUAUGUUGAUGCAUAGCAUGGGAAUACCGCGGCCAACUUUCACUUGUUUGAUACUGCUAAGCAUUUUAUGGAUGUUUCUUGCUGUAACUGGAAGACAACAAUUCAAUGUUAUCAAUAAAAUGUUAAAACGGAGCUUUGACUGAUUCACCAUUUAUACAAGUGAACUAUUAAACUAUCGUGAUUUACACGAUUUUUGAAUAUUUACCAGAUGAUGCCCUAUGCACCAACCCGAGGUUAACGCCCAGCAGGCCUAUUGUUUCAGUUAAAAAGCAUUUUAGUCAUGGGCGGAUUUACUGAGGGGGUUAGAGGGGGAUAACCCCCCCCCCCUAGAAUCUCUCUAACCCUCCAAUAAAGUGUUCAACCCAACCAAAAUUUUACUUCAUCCCUCGUAUUUUGUGUGAAAGGCUUUAACCCAAACGCCUAACCCUGCCGAAGCUCACUGAGUGGUGCCGCUUGCACUCCAUCAGAAAUUUUUCUACCCCUCCUUUUAAAUAAAUGAAAAUCCGCCCUUGAUUUUAGUUGUAGUUGAUUGAGGAAAGAAUUGUGCGUCAUAUUGUGGUAGUUGUUGUUAGUCGUUUUACGUUUGUUCUUCUCCUUGUAUUGUCAUUGUUAAUGGUAUUGAUGAGGAUGAGGCUGGUGUGGUUGACAAAUCAAAUUUUGACCCUGAUAAUGUGUCUAUAAUUAUUUGUAAUAUACUAUACAGUAACGAAAAUAACCAAACUGUAUUUAAUUGUUUUAGUUGAUCCAUGUAAAGAUAGUCCAUGUUUGAAUGGCGGUGAAUGUUUGAGUGACUUGUCAAAAUUUACUACCUCAUGCAGUUGUCCAGAAGGAUAUGAAGGAUACAUUUGUCAAAACAGAGGUAAAUUGAACAUGAAAAACCAUAAUUUUCGACGAUUUUCAUUUUUUUAUAUUAUUAAUAAUAAUGAUUUUAUAUAAACUGGAAAAACAGAUCAGCAUAAUUACAAGAAAUAGCUGGUAUUAACCGGUGACCAGCAUCGUAAAGGAUUUUUAUGGAAAGAAACACAAAUCAAACUUAAGUAAUUAUUUUACUACAUAUAAGUUCUAUUUUAUCGAUAUUUAGAAAAUAUUAAAUUCUUUAGUUUUAAAGUUGGAUAAAGAUUGUAUUGUACGCAGCUCUUAAGGUAGCUCAUUCAAAUCUUUAGAAGCACCACGCUUAAACGACGAUCGCCCCAUUUUUGUUUUUGUUUUGAUUACAUGCAACAGUGUAUUGUCUCUUAAAAUUGUCUCUCUUUUAACUUGGAACAUUUAAGUUGGUUUUACUUAUUCUACCUUUGUAAGAAUAUAUGUGCAGGCAACAACCCUCUCGCUCUGAUAACCCAAGGCGUAGGAAGCGUAGGGCUGGGGGGGGGACUUGAGCUCCUCUGACCCCCAGUAACUUCCAUUUGUAUAAGCAAAAUACACAAAAGAACUAGAAAAGUGCGAAAAUAAUUUAAAGUUAUUCUUGAACCCUUCCCCCAAUAUUGAUUUAUUUCCAACGGCCUUGCAACCGCCAACUUCCAGAUUAUCUUGAUACGCGGAAAAGUACUGCCACUAGUUGUCAAAUAGAAAUCCAUUUUAUGAUUAAAACAAUUGAAUAUCUCCUGUAAUAUACUUUAUUUCGAUUCCAUAUUUAUGGCAGAGCUAUAAUUCUCAUAACCAAACAUAAUUACAAAAUUUCAACUAAUUUCAUAAAGAAUAACGAAAUUAAAGAUAUAAUUGACUGAAUACAACAAAAUAGAUUUCUAUUUGGACAUCCCUUUCUGAGCGCUGAUUGGCUAAACUACGAACACGAGAUCACCUGGUAUAUACCAAAUAUAAUUUUAGCAUCAACUGUUAGUCUGUUUCUAUUAUUAGGCAACCACUGCAGUUGAGCAAACGGUAGUCACGCUGACUGAAAUUAAAUUUAAUCAGUUAAAAUAUAUACCUAGUUUGGCAUUUGUGGAAAUUAAUUUGCCCUGUUUACAUUAUAUUUUGCUUUUCAGGCUCGUAUACUAUAUAGCGAUUUAUUCGUUAAUCUUUCAGAACUUUCCCUUUUCUUAUGUUGUCCUAAAAAAAUUGGCAUUAAUUUCUUUGUAGUCUAUCCAUGUGAUAGCUCUCCCUGUGAAAAUAACGGAACUUGUGAGAAUAUUGAAAACAGGUUUAAAUGUACUUGUACAGAACAAUAUGAAGGAGAUAGUUGUGAAACAAGAGGUUUGUUCUUUAAUUAAUUAAUAUUAUUAUUUUGUUAAUUUGAGUCAGGAAAAGGAUAGCCAAUAAAAUAUUCGUACUUUGUUGCUAAGUUAUUUUCAUUUGUUGUUCCCUUUGGAUUAUUACUGUUGGUAUUGGUGAUGCUGAUGCUGAUGAUGGUUAAAAAGGUUUUGGCCCCUAAAAUGCGUGGUAUAUUUAUUUGUAAUAUGCAAUAAUUAAAAUAACCGAAAUAUGUUUUUAUUUCAGUUGAUCCUUGUAAAAAUAGUCCAUGUUUGAAUGGAGGUGAUUGUUUGAGUGACUUGUCGAAAUUUACUACCUCAUGCAGUUGUCCAGAAGGAUAUGAAGGAGACACCUGUCAAAACAGAGGUACAGGCUUGCGGAGAUAUCUUUGCUUCUUUUAUUGUUUGUUUCUUUGUUACGAUAUAAUACAAUUAUGAAAAAGUUGUUAUUGUUUCUUUGUAGUUUAUCCAUGCGAUAGUUCGCCUUGUGAAAAUAACGGAACUUGUGAGAAUAUUGAAAACAGGUUUAAGUGUACUUGCACAGAACAAUAUGAAGGAGAUAGUUGUGAAACAAGAGGUUUGUUCUUUAAUUAAGACAACACUUUAGUUAAGCAGCAUAUUUGUAACCAAAUAACCAAACUGUAUAUUUGUUCCAGUCAAUCCAUGCAAAAGUAAUCCAUGUUUGAAUGGAGGUGGAUGUUUGAGUGACUUGUUGAAAUUCACUACCUCAUGCAGUUGUCCAGAAGGAUAUGAAGGAGACACUUGUCAAAACAGAGGUAAAGACUUUAUAUAAUACAAAUAUUUAAUUGUUCAUUUUCCGACUUUUACCUUCAAUUACAUUUUUAUGGAAUUUUUUUUAUUAAUUUCUUGUAGUUUAUCCAUGUGAUAGCUCUCCUUGUGAAAAUAACGGAACUUGUGAAAAUAUUGGAAACAGGUUUAAAUGUACUUGUACAGAACAAUAUGAAGGAGAUAGUUGCGAAACGAGAGGUUUGCUUUUUAAUUAAAAUAAAUGUUUUGUUAUGUACGGCUUUUGUUUUCUUGCAUUGGUUUUUGUCCCCAUUAUUUUUUCUUAUUGUUAGUAUAGGUAAUCGUGCGAUAGCGAGUACAAUUAGGGAUUAAUGGUACUCGUGAUUUUGGAAAUUUGCCAAAUUGGACUCGCCCAUCCCUUGUACGAGCAACAUCGCAUGAUUACUAUAGUUUAUUAUUAGCUUGACAAAAUUGGAUACUUGUCAAUGUCAACAUGAUAUUCUCUUGCCAAAGCCAGGCUGUCAGACUUUCAACCAAAUUUUUGUGCUUUUGUUUGUAUUUUCAUCUAGUUUCUCUGGGGCAAUUUCAGUUCACGUUUGUGUUUAAAAAACCUUUCCGCCACUUUGUUUGUUUUGGAAAAUCAUUAAUUGUACUGCAGUACAAUUAAUGAAAUUAUUGUACUCCUCUCAACCAAUCAGCAUCCAGUAAUUUUGUCAUGCUAAUAAUAAUCAUUGUUAUUGACGAUAUCAUUGUUGUUGUUUUUGUUGUCGUUGUGGAUGUGCAUGUUCUUGUUGUUUUUGCUAUUAAUUUUGUAGCCGUCGUCUUUGUUGUUGUCCCUGACAAAACCCACAUGGUCAUUGCGUGAUCGUUGUCGUUUCCGUUAUCUCUGUCGUUCUUGUAAUCUCUGUCGAGUCAUUGUCCUCGUUUAUGCUGUUGUUGAUACAAAGUGACCUCCACAUACAAAAGAUCGUGUUGCUCUAAAAUAAUUAAACCGAGUAUCUUUACUGCAGCCCACUCUGAAGAAAGGAGUCCAUGAUAUUUUUGCAAUCGUUGUUCAGUUGUUUCCCGUUCCUUGUUCGCUUUACAUUGUUAUCGCGCAUGAUAUGGUCGAAGACAAUGCGGGUGUCAUUCACAAAUUUAAUCUUGGGGAUUAAAAUUUGUGGUAUAUUUGUAUGCAAUAACCAAAAUAACCGAACCAUCUUGUUGUUUCAGUUGAUCCAUGUAAAGAUAGUCCAUGUUUGAACGGCGGUGAAUGUUUGAGUGACUUGUCAAAAUUUACUACCUCAUGCAGUUGUCCAGAAGGAUAUGAAGGAGACAUCUGUCAAAACAGAGGUAAAACUUCCUGAAAUAAAUUUGCUUUGUUUUAUGUUUGUUUGUUUUUUUUGUUACGAUAUAAUACAGUUAUUAAAAAAAUCAGAAUAUGAUAUAUUAUAAUUACGAUAUAAUACAGAUUGUGAUUACUACAAAUACAUACAUGCAACAACUGCUUGCAUCUCCAACCAAACCACUCUAUUUGACUAUUUCUCAAAUAUUUUAACAUGAAGUGUUUCUAAUUAGCCAAUCAAUGCUCAUCGCAGGAACGGGUCUUACCAUAAUACGAUCAUAAUCACCUUUUUCCACAAAAAGGUAAAAAUAUUUAUAGUUUUCUGCUUAUAAAAUCAUCAACUUUCCUAAAUAUAUGUAUAUGUAUAAUGAAUAUCAACAAACUUCAUUAUAAUAUAAUGUUUCAUCUUAGACACUUCUUGAAACGUCUUGAAUGUUCACUAAAUAUAAAUGAUUUUUGCUGUUGAAUUAUUUAAUCAUUGGAUUCGAAACUGUCCAAAUCAUCAAGGUCGCUUGCGGAAAUUGAGUUUCUUUCUUUCAAUGUUAAGGUUUUUCUACUAUAUAAUAAUCUCAUUUUUAAUUGUUUGUCUUUCAAAACUUUCGCGUUUACAUUACAUUUAUAUUUAUUACAUUUUUAUGGAAAAAUUGUUAUUAAUUUCUUGUAGUUUAUCCAUGUGAUAGUUCUCCUUGUGAAAAUAACGGAACUUGUGAGAAUAUUGAAAACAGGUUUAAAUGUACUUGUACAGAACAAUAUGAAGGAGAUAGUUGCGAAUUGAAAGGUACUUUACUUAACAAUUAAUAUCUUGCUUUUUGUUUCAGUUAACCGAUCAAUAUUUCUGGAGAUAUUUGGCUCUCUACAUAACUUUUAAAAAAAUACAACAUUCAAUUAAUCUCAUUGGGAAGGAUAUCCGGAAAGAAAACAAACAUUGUCUCAUAUGCAUUUAAAUGAAAAUCCAGUUCGCGAAAUACACCUUAAAUAAGUAAUUUUAUUUUUUUAAUUGUACAUGCCUAGUGAUAUUUUUUGAUUUCCUGCAAUCUGAUUGACUGCAGGAGCGGGCAGCUUUUACGAUAUCUUGGCCUUGGCCCGAAAGAGUUAUUUUCUAGCGAUAAAUUGAGGAGUGAAGACAAUUUUCAAACUCAAAAAACACUACCCAAAAAGUUGACAAAUCAAUCCUAUCGAUACUAAAGAUAGUAAAAUACAGUGAAUUGACUUUCAUGGAUUUAAUGCCAAGCCCGAAAUGUACUUUUUCUGAUCAAAAUGCAAAAAAUCACUGGCCAGUGUUACAUGUUUUGAUUCAAAUGUUCUACGUAUAUUCAGCUAUUCUUCGAAUAUAUACGUAUAAAAAUAAAUACUACAACAUACAACUUGUCAUAAACAUAAAAUUAACAAAAUACCUUAAACGGGCAUGAUUCCUGGGCAGGAGAUAUUUGGCUUUCUACAUGACUUUUUUUAAAUACAACUUUCAAUUGUUCUCAUUGGGAAGGAUUUCGGGAAAGGAAACAAAAAUUAUCUUAAAAUAAUGCAGUUAGCGAAAUAACAUUACAUCUUAAAUAAGUACUUAAUAUAGAAUUCAAUAAAAUAGAAGGGUAAGCAAACUCAAAGCCGACAUAAUACACCUCAUUAUCUAUGUUAUUGUCUUGGUUUAUGCAGAAAAUGGUUGGUUUAUCGUCACGUAUGUGUGUAUUGUUUUUCCAACCAACCAACCAAUAGCAAUACGUUCGUUACUUACCCAGUCGUGAUAUCCAUCCAGUCGUGAUAUCCAUCCAGUCCUGAUAUCCAUCCAGUCGUGAUAUCCAGCCGUGCACAAUGGUUAGACUGCGAGCAAGCCCUAUAUUUUCCUUUGUUUUAUUGUUUCCCGGACUAAGACUGAACACGCGGUAAAAGGCAGAAAGCCCCUUUUUUGGUCCGAGAAACAAUAAAACGAAAGAAAAUAGAGGUAUUGCUUGCAGUCUACACAAUGAUUAAAUGAAAACAUAGCUAUAGUGGUUGCUCUAGCGAAAAUACAAUACACCGACCAUUUCUUGCAUAAAUCAAUAUAAAAACAUAGAUUACGAGGUCUAUUAUGUCUGCAUCGAGUUGACUAUGAAGUAACCCUGCUAUUUUCGCUCUUUCCAUAUUGCUAUUCAAAUUUUUAGUGUGAAAAUCUUUCCCGUAAAUAAUUUGAAUAAUUUCUGAAUUUUUAGUGGAUGUUUGCAAGAGUGGACCAUGUGAAAACGGGGGGAAAUGUUUCAGUGAUUUAUCAAAAGAGGAAUUUCACUGCAGCUGUGCAAAGGGAUAUGAGGGACAGACUUGCUCGGAAAGAGGUAAUUUGAACAGUACAUGGUUUCUCGAAUUCUCUCUGAUCGUUUGAAGACUUCAGAAUUUUGAGCAUCUCACUCGAUAUAACUAACUAACUGUGAAGGUUUUGUUGAUAGAAAUUUCUAGUGUAAAUUUUGUACAUUAUACCUAACCAGGAGUAGUUGCGAAAAAUGCAACUAUAAAGUAUAGACACGGGAAUCGCAGGGCGAUUCAUUUCCAUUAAUAUAUGGACAUUACAUAAAGGAUAUUAUAUGGACAUUACAUAAAGGAUAUUAUAUAUGAACAUUACAUAAAGGAUAAUAUAUGGACAUUACAUAAAGGAUAUUAUAUAUGAACAUUACAUAAAGGAUAAUAUAUAAACAUUACACAAAGGAUAAUAUGUCUGCUGAUUGAGAAAGAUAUAUACAACCACCUCAAAUUAAAAAUGCAAGCAGAACUUCAACCUUUCGAGCGAAGGCACUUCGUCAAAAAGUUGGUGGACAACCACGGACUUCCCGAGGAAGGUGCUUCGCUCGAAACGGCGAGGCUAUUUAACAAUUAUUCUACGAACUCGAGUCGAAUAUGAGCUGAUAGCAGAUGAGGCGCGUAGCGCCGAAUCGGCUAUCGCUCAUAUUCGACGAGAGUGAGUUUUAUUAUAUACACAGGGCCUGAAUUCACAGACUUUGCUUUUCGGACAUUUUCAAUAUUUUUCUAUUAAUUUUUAUGUUUUUAUCUUCGCUCUUUCGGCCGAGUAUUUUUUCAAAAAUAUAUAUUUUUUUGCUAACCUGUAAACAAUUUGUGGGAGUUUUUUCGUCGUAUUUUUAAAAAGAGAACAACUUGCCAUUUUCUCGUUCGCAAAAUGUCGGAAAUUCAGUUUGAGACGCCAUUUUGUUUUUCUCUACUAGCAAGAUAUGAGCUAAUAUCCUGCUUGUAGAGAACCAAUCAGAUUGCAGAGUACCUCAUAUCCAGACCUCGUGUAUAUAAUAAAUGUUUAUAUUUUUCAAGUAUUUCUAUUCCUGUCAGUCCGCAGCUGUCUUUAUAACCAACACUUAUUUCAACAUUGAAUUUCACUUCUCUUUAUAGUUAAUCCCUGCGCUAGCUCUCCUUGUUUCAAUAAUGCAACAUGCGAGGUUACUCAUGUCACUCAGUUUGUGUGUAAAUGUCCAAAGGGUUAUAAAGGAGAGUUUUGUCAAGACGAAGGUAAGUCAGAUGUUGAAAGCACUAAACUCCCAGGGUUUCAGAGGGACAGAACCAAAUUAUUAAACCUUUCCAAAAAACCUUUGCAUUUUCGUCCUUGUUUUGAAUCCGGUUUUGUCUAUUUCGAGUCCGGGUUUUCAAAAGUCAAGUCCGGGUUUUCUUAAACACGAGUCCGGAUUUUUUUCUAGUCCGGUUCCCGGUUUUUCUCGAGUCCGGAUUUUCUUCGAGUCCCGGUCUGAGUCCAAGUCCGGGUUUCGAAGUACGCAGAACCACACUUCAUUGUCAGAGCUUCAUUGUCAUUAUAUUGUUUUGUUUGCAAUUUGAUAAUUGCUUAUUUUGCUUGUACAAGUUCCUAUGAUUCGAGAGCUUGAGGAAGCGACGUUUUUGUCACCAUUGACGUCACCCUAAAUUUGAUAUCAUUUUAAUAAACGGUAUUUUGAACCAUAAUAACGUUCCUGUAAUGGAGAAAAAAACCAGGACAAAUACUAUAUUAUUUUCAUACGUCUUAAAGAUUGCCACAAACUGACAACAAACAUCACUUGCUUCAGCUCAAUUAAUAUUAUAAGCUUAUUCUAACACCAGCCGCUUGAAUCUGUAAACUCCAUAAAGGUUGCCUGACAAGAUUUAGCCCGCGUGCAGGCCCAAGAGAACUAAUAGUGGGCCAGCAAGCAAGGCCAUGUAUUUUGUACUUUUCACGUUCGCCCACGAACGCGCCAUUCUGACUGGCUGUUUGCUGUUGGAUUCUAUAAUUAAGUCAGUGAUUCAUCACAAAGGCUCUCGAUAAGCUUAAAAUUCGAAAAUUGAUCACUUUUUUCGAUUGCAAAUCGAACAAGAAGUCAAGAACAGACUGUUUAUUGUUUCUUGAAGGAAGAAAUGUUUUUGCCGUUAUACCAAUGGGGAUUGCUUGUCGUGAGGUGUUGGAAUAGCAACAUUACAACUGGGUAAACUAUAGUAACCUUUACUUGAGAUUCAUUAAUUUCAAACAGACUUGGUACGUUAUAUGUUCCUGAAGAAAAUUAUCUUUUGGUUGAAGUUGACAUGCAGUUGCAUGUAAGCCUAUUCGAAACACUUUGCGAUUUACAAGGCUUCGCUGAGAGAGCGAAACAGAAGAUGGUAUUAAAUUGCCUUUUGAAACGAAACGAUCUGGACUCUGAACGCUUUCUUCUUUUGUAGAGUUCUUUACCAAAUGGCAUAACUGAAAUAUAUUUCGUACUUUCCGCCGCCAACAAGAAUUGCACACACGAUCUGAUAAGUGAGACAAUUUAUUUAUAACAAUGGCGACAGCGAAGCACACGUUAUAAAUGCUAAUAGUGAGCUUAAAGCAAGUGACGUUUUUGACAACACGGACGUCGAGCGGAAGUAAAAUUGACGUUUUUCACCAAUCACAGCCCUUGACCCAGACUUCUAACGUUACUCAUGCCGUUCGUGUUGUCAAAAACGUCACUUGCUUAAGCCCACUAAUGUGGUCGCACGACGUCCCUCACGAUUUGACGUUUGAGACUGGUUUUCUGUUGAAAUUCGUCCUAAUUUGCCUGUUCCGAUUUGAGUUGAAAAUGAGCACUUGAAAAUGAGCAGCCAUUUACACAUUGUUUAUGUUCUGAAUAAGCAGAGGAACCCCGCAACAUUUUAAUGCUAGUUUGUUUGUUAAUAUUUGGGUGCUGUCAUUGGUUCUUUUUUGACAAUUGACGCGCGAAUGGGGCGUGUCAUGAAAAGGGCGUUUUACAAAAUACCGGGCCUUGCUUGCAGGCCCACUAUCAGUUCCCUUGGGCCUGCACGUGGGCUAGAAAAGAUUAUUUAAUGGCAUUCAUCAAAAAUGCUUAAAAACAAUAACUUUAAAUGUUAUUCUCAGCAAUAGCCCUCAAUAUUGUUUGCGUAUUUUUCAUGCAAACCGAUAGAGAUGAGCUUUUUAUCAGUGGCGUUAGAACGUCUAUUUAUUUCACGAUAUUGUAUUCAAACUUUGCAGGCUAAAAAUGUUGAAACCUUUGUUAAAAUUACCAUUAGACCUUACAAUUCGUGAAAAGAAAUGUUACUUUGUCAAUACUAAAUUUUAAUUGGGGUUAUAGUUAAUCAACUGUGAAUUUUUGCAAGCACAAAACCAUCAUUAUCCGGUGGAUAUCCAGCUUUCGUACAACUGACUCCAUAAAUAAUUUGACGUAUAUAUUCCUUAUACUGACAGUUGAUCCUUGUGAAAAUUCCCCCUGCAAGAAUGAAGGAAAAUGUGAAAGCGAAGAUGGUAAAUUUAGUUGUGAAUGCAAGAAAGGAUUUACAGGAAAGACCUGUGAAAUAGAAGGUGACUAUGUAACUUUAAACUUAUCUUAG